GAGCGGUGCAAAUUGCAAAACGCACAGUCGCAUCAUACGAGCAAGUUCCAUAGAGGCGAUAGCGACAAUCUUUCUCUGCCGUUUUAGAGAUUGAACUCUGAAUAGGAAAGGAAGCAAUACUCUCGUUACACAUCAUCCUUUUCUUCUUCUUCCACUGCUUCGAUGCUCUGAUAUCUCUCUCUCAUUCAGGGUAGUGAGCUGGUUGUUCAUGGCUCUUUCCUGCAAACAUCCACACCUGUUCAACCAUAUUAGGACUUUUGUGAAUGUGAAGGUGAAAUGGGUCCAAGACCCAUAUCUUGAUAAUGCAGUCCUGAAAGAGAAAGAUCUCAAACAGACAAUUUCCCUCAGGAACCAAAUCAUUUCAUCUCCUUCCAAAUCCCUCUCCAUCUAUACUGCUUCUCAACUAAAAGCUUCCCUCAACCUUCCCACUACAACUACCAAAUUCGUUGACAAAUAUCAUUGUGUUUUCUCACAAUUCCAACCUGGUCCUGGUCUUCCUCCAGUUGUCAAGCUCACUCCUCUAGCCUUGUCCCUCCACAAAGAAGAAAUGGCUGUUCAUAACUCUCCCAUUAAUCGUGAAGACACUGUUCAGAGGCUCGCGAGGCUUCUAAUGCUUGCUGGCAUGUCAAAAUUGCCUCUUUAUGUGAUUGAGAAGCUAAAAUGGGAUAUGGGACUUCCUCACGAUUAUGUGACAACCCUUUUGGCUGAAUACCCUGAUUAUUUUGAUGUUUGUGUUGUGGAAGAUCCAUCAUCUGGAAAAGAAUUACUUGCUUUAGAGCUUGUAUCGUGGAAAAAAGAGCUUUCUGUGUCUGAGAUAGAAAAGAGGGCAAUUAGCUUGGGCUAUAGUGGAGAUAAAAGAAGGCAUGAUAUUGCAUUUCCCAUAUUUUUGCCAAAAGGUUUUGAUUUAGAGAAGAGGGUGAAGACUUGGGUUGAGAAUUGGCAAAAGUUGCCUUAUGUUUCUCCAUAUGAAGAUGCUUUUCAUCUUGACUCAAAUAGUGACCAAGCAGAGAAGUGGACAGUGGCAAUUUUGCAUGAGUUGCUUUCUCUUUUUGUGUCAAAGAAGACAGAGAGAGACAAUUUACUAUGUUUUGGAGAGUGUUUGGGGUUGGCCUUGAGAUUUAAGAAGGCUUUGGUUCAUCAUCCUGGUAUAUUUUACAUUUCCAAUAAGAUUAGGACUCAGACUGUUGUACUUAGAGAGGCUUAUAGAAAGGAUUUUUUGGUCAAGAAUCAUCCAUUGGUGGGUAUGAGAUAUUGGUACAUUAAUCUUAUGAACAAAACAUAGAAGCACCAUAAACAAGCUGAUUUGGUGGAUGAUCAUGAGGUUAACUAGCUGAUCAGUGAUUUGAUAGAUGAUCAUGAUGUUGAAGCUUAGCUAUACUUGUAGUUUCCAUUCAAACUAUCUCGCACAUCAAUCAAGCCUGAUUUUCAAAAUAUCGAUUGUUAAAAUGUAUACUUCAAAAAAAUACUGGUUGCUGGUUCAAGUGCUAAAUUGCUAAUGUAUGAACUUAAUUUCCAUAAUAUAAAUGCAUUUUUUUUAUUAUGCAAUGUCUUAUAAAUGUGUAUUAGUUGGCAGUGGCGCUAAUGCUACUGGAGUUAUCAGUCAGACAAUUGCAGCAGAGUGGAAUGGGCAUCUUCCAUUCCUUGGUUAGCUAAAGUGUUAUGUGAGUUGCAGCCACAAUGGUGGUUGAUUGUGGAUCAAAUUGUGGCUGUUGGGGAUACAAUUUUUCACAGGGAUAAAAUCUCUGUUUUGACAUGCUGAAUUUUGAUCAUGCAUGGCUGAUUGAGGGACUUAUUUGUCUCCUUACCUAUCCAUACAUCUGAAGCAUGCCGUGGUUAAUUCCUCAUGUUUUAUUGCACAAAGAGAUGGGUUGUUGCCACAUCUUUAUUCUUCCAUCCACCCAUUGCUUGGUGAAAUCUGGAAGCCAGUUACUUUUACAAGUCAUGAAAGGGAAGAAAAUAUUUAUGAUUUGCUCAAGGAAAUCCUCAGCUAAUUUUAGAAAUUUAGAAAACCGGAAAACAAAUAAGAAAAUAUAGAAAUUAAAUUCUAAUUACAAACAGCUAACUUACAGCCACCAAAUAGUAGAUAUUUUCCAACUCCAGUCAAGUCAUCACAGUUUCUGUUGGAAGCUUAGUUGGAAUUGCUUUGUUUUUGGAAGCUUCUCCAUCCCCUGGUUGGCAAGGUUCAUGCUCCUCCUGCCUAUGUUAUUGAUGUUUUAUUAGUUAUGAUCCAGGUUAAUGAUGGUUAUGUUAUAAGUUUCGGCUUUUGAGUACUUUUUGUUAAAGAUUAUUUGCAUUUACUAUCUUUGGUGAGGUUGGUGCCUCUUGAGCUGCUAAACUACUACGGUGUUGUUGGAGUCAUCAGUAUACAGGAUUUACUACUCUGAAUGCUAAAAUAGUAAGAAAAUAACAAAGGAAGUAAAUAUUGUAGGUGUAGGCAUUGACUACUGUUGGAACUUAAGAUAACUUUUGUUUGGUGAAAAAAAGAAGUUAUCUUGUGCAACUUUUGAGAGUUCGAUUACUAUUCAUUUCUUCUUGUGUUAUCAUAGGAGGAUAAGAUUGCCAGUUUAAACUAGCUAAGGGUGAAUUCUUUGUUGCUUCAUAUUGCAAAACAAAUAAUUAAGCUAAAAAAGAAAUCGUAUUACACUAUUAAUCAUAUAAUCAACCAGCCAGUCGUUUUGGAGUUGCUUGGGACUUAAGAUUAAUCAUCAACUCAUCAACCAGCCUGAUGUUGUCUGUUUAAGGCUGGUGUGUGAUCUGUGAUGGUCAAUGGGCCGGGCUGGACUGGGCUAGUGUAUUUAUGUUGGAGCUAAAUUAUAACUACUCACUGUUAGAUCUAAUAUAAGUCUUGUUUUUGUAAUUUGUCUGGAAUUUGCAGUAUUCUCACAAUUUUUAAGUUGUAUAAUUUUUUUUUGGUGGCUUAACUAUAUAAUCUGUGAAUAAAAUUUUUUGCUUCAUUUCUUUCAUCUUUUGUUUAUCCAUAUAUGAUUUUCCUGUUGCUAAAGCACUGUUCUAAG